UGUUUUCUCUUCUGUUGCAGAAUGACCAUGUUGCCACUAAAGAGCUAAUCACUGUGAAGUCGUGGACGGUAGUGGAACAUCCAGCAUCUGAGCCAGUUGUGCUUUCUUAGCUUCAAGUGGAGUUGUGCAAACUUUCUACUAGACCUGUGUAACUUACCUUCUCUACUGGCUGCCUGCCACUGAAUAUAAAAAGGGACCCCGCCUACCUAUCUUUAAAAAAAAUGGAGACUCUUUCUCAAGAUUCAAUUCUGGAGUGUCAGAUCUGCUUUAACUACUAUAGCCCUCGCCGGCGGCCCAAACUCCUGGAUUGCAGACACACGUGCUGCUCGGUGUGUUUGACCCAGAUGCGCAGCAGCCAGAAGGAGAUUCGUUGUCCCUGGUGCCGUGGCGUCACUAAACUCCCUCCGGGCCUGUCAGUCUCCCAGCUCCCAGAUGACCCGGACAUCAUCACUGUCAUCGCCAUCCCUCACGCCUCUGAGCACACGCCCGUCUUCAUCCGCCUGCCGAGCAACGGCUGCUACAUGCUGCCACUGCCCAUCGCCAAGGAGAGGGCACUUGGCCUGCCAGGGGAGCUGGGAUGUCGCUUCCUGCCUGGCAGCCAGCAGAAGGGGGUGACCGUGGUGACCGUGCCCGAGCAGCAGCCUCUGGGCCUGGGUAUGGGUCUGGAGGGUGUCGGGAUGGGGCUGGAAGGAGGCGAGGGCGAGAGGAGAGUUACUGGCCCGGUGGUAGGAGGAGGGAAGGGCUCCACGUGGUCAGGCGUGUGCACGGUGAUCCUGGUGGCGUGUGUGCUGCUCUUCCUCCUGGGCAUCGUGCUGCACAACAUGUCCUGCAUCUCCAAGCGCUUCACUGUCAUCUCCUGCGGCUGAGGGUGGAGGGAGGCUGCUCGGACUGCCGCGGCCCCCCCCCCUAGAUUCCCCCACUAGCCCUGCCUCUCCUCAGGACGCGACUGCUGAGGAGAGGGGACUAAACUCGCAUCAUGGGCAUCCAAGGAAGCUACAGAGCAACAUAGAGAGAAACCGAUGAUGCAGAAGAAGAGGGCAGACAAGCAGCCUGCCAAUUAUUUUUUGGGAUACUGAAAUUAAAAUGGAAAUACAGACAACUUCACUUUCCUCUUGUCAACAGCACUCUGUCAGCCCUGAACCCCGUCGCCCUUUUCCUGUCUUUCCAUUUUCUCUGAAAGAACAUUUUUGGAUUUGCUCCAGAAAUGUUUUUGGCCAGCUGAUUUGUUUUUGGCUGGGGGCCGAUAUGACACUCACACUCUCAGCCGUUGGAUUGCCUGUUUAGUCUGUGGUUUGUAGAAGUACAUCAGUUAUCAUAGUGUUGUUUAGGUGAGUGUUGGUUCCAAGUGCGUUGUCUUCAGCUGGUGCUGCAGUAGAUGAGUUCGGACUUGGCUGCUCUCCGUUCUCUGAUGCUGCAGGAAUUAACUGUGCAGGAUCCACGUCCGGCCCCGUUUGAAUCAUCUGGGAAACUCAAAAUCAACACAGCUUUCAUUUUCUUUUCUUUUUUCUUUCACACAACCUGUUCCUGUUCAGAACAAACUGUUGCUGUGAUGGCUCCGUGUGGUUAGAAAUGGGAUUGUUCAUUCAUGCCAGCAUAUUACAGGCCUAAAU